UUGUUUUUGUUGUUGUUGUUGAGCUACUGGUUGCUUUUUUUAGCUCGACUCUUCCAGAGUAUGCAGGAUUCCUUUGGGGUUGUAGUUGACAGGAGGAGCAUCAUCAACAAUUUAGCGAUGACGACGGAUGCUUUGAAGAAGAGGAAUCAUGCCACCUUCAUUCGCGUAACAGUAUCAGAAUUACCGAAAGGGCAUGCAGGAGCUGUCUCGUAAUCUUUGUCUUCGCAGGCCUUGCAUCUUGUUAGUUAACGCGCCUCUGGUUACAACUACUUGGAGUUCAGUGUGAUUGAAUGGUGUGGCGUCUGGACCGGUGUUGCAGUGACGAUGAAAGCCUGCGGAACUGAAAAGGGAGAGUAGGGAGGGAAUGGAGUGGAAGGGGAGGGGAGGGGAGGAAGCUCAUCGAGAAUGUGGAAAAAAUUCUGUUGUUAGCUCGUUGGAAUGGCGCAUUUCGCUCUCCAGUUUUCGUCUUUAGAGGAGGAAGACGCGGUGUUUUGGUGCUCGGGAACAUUUUCGUACAACAUGGUGACUGUUGUAGAUCAUCGACGAGGAGUUGGAUUGUGUUGCGGCUGCGCAUCUCGUUUCGGAACACGGCUUACGUGAGGAGCGAAAAUUUACACUUUAUGAGUUCGUAGUUGGCGUUUCAAUCGAUCUUUCGACCGUUUCCCUACUCCGGAUUCUUUUUCGUUGGUCGAGUUGAGUACAGGAGAAUCAGUGGAUACGGACAGUGGUACGAUUAGUAGCCCCUCUUUGUUUAAUUUGGAUCUACAGUGCGCAAGGAUUGCCGGUUUUCUCGUUGAAUUUCAUCAUCGACUGCCAUAUGACCAUCCCUUGGACAGGGGCUUAAAGUCUUUCAAACGAGGUGGAGAUGGAGACAGUGAAGUAUAAGUGAGGUGUCGUUCUUUGUUCAAAUCAGUGAGAACAGCAACGGAGUUUUGUGCUUUUACAGGGAUGGAGUGGAAACAAUCAAUGCCUCACAGGUAGACAAGGUCAGCUCAUUUGAGAAAACAUGUGGAAAAUUUUCGCCUCUAGUAUUUAGUUAUGCAUGAGUUCCAAAUCUCCCUUUCCGUGAAGUUCUGAUUCUACAAGAGAGUUCUUUGGUACCUUGCGAUGUACUCCAAUCCUCCAGCAAGGCUCUCUGCCUCAGGCCACGUUUCGUCUACCAUGGACCCAGGGGGUAGACGAAGUCUGAAUUCUGAGCUGUGGCAUGCAUGCGCUGGAUCAUUAGUGUCUCUGCCUCCUGUUGGAAGCCGUGUUGUGUACUUCCCACAAGGUCACAUUGAGCAGGUGGCUGCAUCGACACAGAAGGAGGCUGACGUGCCCAUUCCGAACUAUCCCAGCCUCCCUUCUCGACUUUUCUGUUUACUUGACAAUGUCUCACUUCAUGCUGACCACGAAACGGACGAAGUUUAUGCCCAGAUGACUCUGCUACCUAUUCAGAAUUCUGAAAAAGAAGCCUUGCUAGCACCAGAUUCAGUAAUUCCGAAUAAGCAGCCAUCAGAGUAUUUUUGUAAGACCCUCACUGCCAGUGACACUAGUACCCACGGUGGCUUUUCAAUCCCACGGCGUGCUGCUGAGAAAGUUUUCCCUCCCCUGGAUUUUACGAAAUCUCCACCAGCCCAAGAGCUUGUUGCCCGAGAUCUUCAUGAUCAAGAUUGGCACUUCCGUCAUAUUUACAGAGGCCAGCCGCGCAGGCAUCUUCUCACAACCGGGUGGAGUGUGUUCGUCAGUAUAAAGAGACUGCAAGCAGGAGAUUCGGUCUUGUUUAUUAGGGACGAUAAAGACCAUCUCUUGUUGGGCAUAAGGCGGGCAAACAGACAACAAUCGGUUAUGCCAUCUUCAGUGCUGUCUAGUGAUAGUAUGCAUUUCGGGGUUCUUGCAGCUGCCAGCCAUGCUGCAGCUACCAGCAGCCGCUUCAAAAUUUUCUAUAAUCCGAGGCAAAGCCCUUCUGAAUUUGUCAUUCCUCUUGCAAAAUAUCAGAAGGCUUUAUACAACACACAAGUUACAUUAGGUAUGCGCUUUCGGAUGGCGUUUGAAACGGAGGAAUCGAAUGUCAGAAAAUACAUGGGCACAAUCACUUGUAUAGGGGAUCUUGAUCCUGCCAGGUGGCCUAAAUCAGAUUGGCGCUCUCUCAAGGUUGGGUGGGAUGAAUCUAUAGCUGGUGACAGACAACUCAGGGUGUCUCUUUGGGAGAUUGAACCUACACCAACACCAUUUCUACUCUGCCCUCCUCCAGUUGCCUUAAGGUCGAAACGUCCUCGUGGCAUGCAAGAAGAAGAAGAUGCUUUGGAAAUGUUGAUGAAGAAGUCACAUAUGUGGCCUCACGGGAGUGACCCAUCAGUGUCACUUAAAGUUGGUGGCUUGAGAUUGGACCCUCUUUGGAUGCGACUGCCGCAACCGAGACUUGGACCGAUGGUAUCUUCACCUCAGAGUGGGUACUAUCGCGCACUUGCAGCAGCAGCCCUACAGGAAAUUCGAAGUGUAGAUCCUCCAACCCAAUUACUACCUCAGUCAGCAUCCUCGUCUCAGCUCUUCUUUGGUCAGCCGCAGUCUCAGUCUCAACCUCAGCAACUCAUGCAGCAUAUCAAUGACAUUCCAGGCCCUCUAUUGCAGUUGACGACCAGCCAAACACAAACAGUGGAUCUAGCCAACCCUGUUGGGCCAUCUUCAAGUUACAGAGAAUCUGAUAUGCACAUGACUUCUCCAACUACUAUGUCUAACUCCCUCGCCUUACAGGGAAUGAUGAGAAGGGCUUCCACUAGUGCCACUCUUAGUUUCAGUGAAGGAAAUCAAAUCACCAGUUUGAUGCGAAAAAGUCACAAUGGAUUGCAACCCUAUGGGACAGUGCAAGGAGUGAUUCAGGCUUCUACUUCCUGGUUUUCAAAUCAAUCCGACUCCCAGGCACUCAUUUCAUCCCAGCAGUCUCGUGUGGAGGCUUCCAGUGGUGGGGUGCCCGAGUCUUAUGCUCUGCCUCAAAAUAAUGAAUCAAGUUUACAUCAAGGUCUGGGACAUCAGCUCCCUUUUGGAUUUCGCAGCAAUGAUCAGGACUCGGAUCAGCUGCAAGCUGACCGAAGCCACCUUCUUUUUGGUAUGUCUAUUGAUCAACCAUUGGGAGGCUCAAGUGUUGUUUCUCCUCAAUCUUACCGUAAAUCAAAGGAUGAUACAGGCAAUAACAUGCUGUUAACUGCAUACGGUCCACCAGUUACGCCAGAUUCUAUGAAUAAUGGCAUACUAUCAGGUGAGGGGCUGGACGGUAACGGGCUCUUUCAGCGUAAUAGUGGAUGGCCAGCAAUGCCUGUUGCAAUUCCUCCCCGCACGUUUACCAAGGUACACAAGCUUGGAUCGGUGGGGAGAUCUUUGGAUGUACGAAAUUUCUCUAAUUACACAGAACUCAGACAAGAGUUGGCGCGUAGGUUUCAAUUAGACUGCCUGAUGGAAGAUCCAUCCUCAUCAGGGUGGCAAAUUGUGUUCGUCGAUAAUGAGGAUGAUACAUUGCUUCUUGGUGAUGAUCCAUGGGAGUAACCAACUGGCUUCUUUUUGGUUUCUCUGCAGCUUUAAGCUUCUUUCCCACAAACAUUUUUUUAGGAGCAUGUAAAAUUUUGUGUCUUAAUUAUGCUCAUAUCCACAAGUCUUGGUCCGUCACGUUACCAGUUGUUUGCAGCUUAGUCAGUUUUAAAUGACUGUUGGUUUGCAAAUUUCGACUUACACUCAUGUGUGGCGUUCUUUUAUACACAGAGAAUUUGCGAAGUUUGUGAAAACGAUCAAAAUUCUCUCUCCAUCCGAAGUGGCACAGAUGAAUCAGGACCAGCUUGAGAUGUUGAACAUGGUGCCCGUGCAACACAUGCAGCAACAUGGGCUGACCAGUAGUGACUCUGGAGAAACUCACCCUCAAAGCUCCCUUCCUGAUUCUUCAAGUGGUGCGAUGGAUCACUGAACCGCAGACCAAGCUAGACAGCAGCGAUAGAGACUGACUUUCGUGUUUGCCGCACAAUUGGGAAGGAAGUUUGACUGUUCAAUUAUAUGCAUGAGGACUUAUCAAUCUCAACUCAAGCUCAUGACAUUACUGAUCUUCCGCAGUAGGCAUACAAGAACAUGAAGAUUUGUAACGGGAAAUCAUUAAUCAAAGCUUGGGCUCCAUCAGCAUCGACCAGCAUGCAGGGCCAUUUUGUGUAGUCCUGGAACAUAUAUCCUCCUGCAGAGAUCUCAACGGUCAAAGAAUGCGACCUGUCUUUGUAACACUGUAAGUCGAGUCGGUUUUAUGCAGGCACGCACGAACAAGUACAUUGGGUAGUACACAGGAGCUACUUUUGUGAGAGACGUUGUCUGAGGCUAGUGGCAUGCACAGAUUCGUGGUAGCAGCCUUAAAGCAUCCCUCUCUCUGAAUUCGAAGGCCACUUUUCUGAUGCUGGCAAGCUGCAAGUAAGUACUGUCCGAGGGGCGAGAUUUGACACCGUAGUGCCGUGUGGGAUGUUUGGUGCAACAUCGUGGCAUUCUAGGGGAUUAGUCACAAAUUACAUUCAGCUGUGAAUACGUUACUUUGAUUACCUCGUCUUCACCGUAUUUGGGACUUCCAGUUGAACCUUUUAAGGUCAGCUGAAUCUACAUGUUGCAGAAACUACAUCUACAUAUGAAACGCCGACAUCGUUUCUGCUGGAAUGGAUCGACAUCCAAGUAUGAUGAGUCGGACCCUGAUCCAACUUCGAGAUCUCUGGAAUAUAACCUUUGGUCGUCGUUGCAAUUUCUUGGAUGUUCCAUUCAAAGAUCGGUUCGUGAUGCUCAAGACCACUGCCGGCGACAGUUAGACAAGCAUUGGCUUUACUAGAUGUAUCCUGGUUGAAUAUGCAGAUCGUAAGGAAUGCGAACGAUGGUAUAUGUGUGAAGAGGCGAUGCCUUUUUCGCAUGAGAGUUUCAAGUCUCUGGUCAAGUAUGGUUGAUUAGGAUCCUCGGACCUUGAAAACUCCAUGCUACAGACGUCCUUGCCAGAGCUGAUGUUACAGUCCUCGAGGCUCGUCUUGGACACUUUCUAUGUCUUGGUCCGAAAGGAGCGUGUCUCAAAUCAGUGCCUAAAACGUCGAGGACUUUGCCACCUUUGCUCCUUAGGAUUCGAGAAUGACUGAAAGCCUUAGCAUUGUGUCUCACAUGGUAUGUGAUAACUCACAUGUUCACCGUAGUAAUUGUUCCCCCGAUGUACGUGAUAACCAGCAGCUUACGGAUCUUCAGUUGAUAGGGGAGGUCAUGAUAGCAGCGUCCUUUCACCACGCUUGUAGAUGUGGCAAUUGGGGGGUGUCCUCAUGCUGCACACGACGAUUUGAUCCUAAAUACAGCAUUUGGGUCUUCAUGAAUUUGUGCCUGAAUUUUCAGGUUCAAUAUCAAAAAUGUUAUUAGCUCUUAUUUGUGGUUCUCAUCGACCUCACAAGAUGGUGUACUAACUUCAUCUUGUAGUUUUUGGUCACUUUAGAGAGACUGCUUAACAGCAGCUGAAGGAAUUAUUGUCCAUUAUCGUGGCCACUUUGGCA